CCUCAUCCCGGCGAACGCGGCGGCGGUGUGGGCCAUGGAUUAGGGAGGCGGCGGCGUGGGAGGAGGAAGAUGGCGGCUGGCAAGAGCGACGGCAGCGCCGGGGAGAUUACUUUUCUAGAAGCGUUGGCUAGAUCAGAAUCUAAAAGAGAUGGAGGUUUUAAAAGAAAUUGGAGCUUUGAUCAUGGAGAAGAAAGUGAAGGAGAUACAGAUAAAGAUGAGGCAAAUCUGCUCAGUGUAGAUGAAGAUGAGGAUUCUGAAACCUCAAAAGGAAAAAAGUUAAAUCGUCAAUCUGAAAUUGUUGCUACUAGUUCUGGUGAUCCCUGGAAGACAUGUACAAAGCGAAGCAGGACUGAAAGCUUAAAACCUUUGAAAGGCAACCCACUUGGACUUAACAUGUUGAGCAGCACUAAGAAAUUGAGUGCAAAUACACAAAUUGCAUCAUUAUGUUCUGGAACUGUAAGACGUUUUCCUCAUGCUAAUGCACAGAUAGCAAUAGUAAAAACAGCAGCCCAAAGCAGUCUGGACCAAAAGGAAAGGAAAGAAUACCCACCUCAUGUCCAAAAAUUUGAAAGUAAUCCUGUAAGGUUAAGUCGGCCCCAAGGUGUUGAUCAUAUAAUGAAAAAAACAGAAGAGUCUGAAUCACACCUGGAAUUUGAAAUUAAAAGGAAAGUUGCACAGAAACGUCACAGUAGUACAUGUCAGUCUACCCCACAUUCUGUGUCUCCUGCUUCCAAAAAAUGUUUAACUGAUUUAGAGGAUUUGCAAAGAAAUUGCAGACAAGCUGUAACUUUGAAUGAAUCUACUGGAUUAUUAAGAACAUCAAUUCAUCAGAAUUCUGGAGGACAGAAGUCACAAAACACAGCAUUACCAGCCAAGAAGUUUUAUGGCAACAGUGUGGGAAAGGUUCCAAUUGAUAUUAUUGUGAAUUGUGAUGAUAGUGGACAGAAUAAUUUACAGACUAAUGGGAAAGUCAUUUUACCUAGGGCAAAAGUAGCCAAAAUCACAAACCUGAAAGAAAGGAAAACAAGCCUGUCAGACCUAAAUGAUCCAAUCAUUUUGUCCAGUGAUGAUGAUGAUGAUGACAGUGAUAGGACUAACAGAAGAGAAAGCAUCUCUCCUCAACCUGCUGAUUCAGCAUGUUCUUCCCCAGCGCCAUCCACGGGAAAAGUAGAAGCAGCACUAAAUGAAAACACCUGUAGAGUAGAGCAUGAACUAAGAAGCAUUCCAGCAGAUUCAGAAUUAAAUACAGUUACCUUGCCAAGAAAAGCAAGAAUGAAAGACCAGUUUGGUAAUUCUAUUAUCAACAUACCUCUAAAACGUCGCAAAGUGAUUUCUCAAGAAACUUUAGUUGAUCCUGUAUCUUUAAGCUGCCAAAGUUCCUUUGAUAGCGUAAUUUUAAACUGUCGAAGUAUACGAGUAGGAACACUCUGCCGACUAUUAAUAGAGCCUGUAAUUUUUUGUUUAGAUUUUAUCAAGAUACAGCUAGAAGAACCAGAAAAGGAACCUGUAGGGAUUACUUUAAAUACCUCUGAUCUAACAAAAUGUGAGUGGUGUAAUGUCCGAAAAUUACCAGUAGUGUUUCUUCAGACGACAGCAGCAGUUUAUCAGAAGCUGAGCGUGCAACUGCAGAUGAACAUGGAGGAUAAAGUUCGGAUUGACUGUAAAGGAAUAAAUAAGUUAACAAAUUUGGAAGAACAAUACAUAAUUCUGAUUUUUCAAAAUGGCCUUGAUCCUCAGACAAAUAUGGUAUUUGAAAAUAUCAUUACUGACAUUGGUAUAAAGAAUAAUGUGUCAAAUUUUUUUGCGAAAAUUCCCUUUGAUGAAGCCAAUAGCAGACUUGUUGCCUGUACAAGAACAUGUGAAGAGAGCAGCAAAGGAAGUUUUGUGCAGAAAGAAAACAAAAUUAAAAACGUGUCCCUUGAAUCUAAAAUACAACUUAAAAACAAACACGAAUUCCAGUUUUUUGAUGAUGAGGAAACUGGAGAGAGCCACACCAUCUUCAUGGGCCCUGUAGAAAAAUUGAUAGUAUAUCCACCACCUCCAGCUAAGGGAGGCAUCUCCGUUACUAAUGAGGACCUGCAUUGUCUAAGUGAAGGAGAAUUUUUAAAUGAUGUUAUUAUAGACUUUUAUUUGAAAUAUUUGGUGCUUGAAAAAUUGAAGAAAGAAGAAGCUGACCGAAUUCAUGUAUUCAGUUCUUUUUUCUAUAAACGCCUUAAUCAGAGAGAGAGGAGAAAUCUUCAUGAAACAACUAAUCUAUCAAUACAGCAGAAGCGACAUGGAAGAGUAAAAACAUGGACCCGGCAUGUAGAUAUUUUUGAAAAGGAUUUUAUUUUUGUACCCCUUAAUGAAGCUGCACACUGGUUUUUGGCUGUUGUUUGUUUCCCUGGUUUGGAAAAACCAAAGUAUGAACCUAAUCCUCAUUACCAUGAAAAUACAGUCACGCAAAAAUGUUCAACUGUAGAGGACAGUUGUAUUUCUUCACCUUCAGCCAGUGAAAUGGACAGUUAUUCACAAAACUCUGCUGCCAAGCCUGUAAUUAAGAAGAUGCUAAACAGAAAGCAUUGCGUAGCUGUAAUUGAUUCAAAUAAUGAACAGGAAGAAAGUGACCCUCGUUAUCGGAGAAACCUUAGCAGUGUGAAAUAUAGUCUGAAAAAAAUAAAUCAUACUGCAAGUGAAAAUGAAGAAUCGAAUAAAGGAGAAUCUGCAUGCCAGAAAGUUGUUGAUAGGACUAAAAGUGAGAGUGGCCUACAGAAUGAAUAUUUAAGUUCUAUGCACCAUACAGAUGGCUUAAGCAAAAUCAGACUAAACUACAGUGAUGAAUCAGCUGAAGGUAGUAAAAUGCUUGAAGAUGAACUCAUCGACUUCUCAGAAGAUCAGGAUAACCAGGAUGACAGCAGUGAUGAUGGAUUCCUUGCCGAUGACAACUGCAAUUCUGAAAUAGGACAGUGGCAUUUAAAGCCUACUAUCUGUAAACAACCUUGUAUCCUACUGAUGGACUCACUCAGAGGGCCUUCUCGGUCAAAUGUUGUAAAAAUUCUAAGAGAGUAUUUAGAAGUGGAGUGGGAAGUUAAAAAAGGAUGCAAAAGAAGUUUUUCCAAAGAUGUUAUGAAAGGCUCUAAUCCAAAAGUACCCCAGCAAAACAACUUCAGUGAUUGUGGUGUAUACGUAUUGCAGUAUGUAGAGAGCUUUUUUGAGAAUCCAAUUCUCAAUUUCGAACUACCUAUGAAUUUGGGAAACUGGUUUCCUCCCCCAAGAAUGAGAACGAAAAGAGAAGAAAUCCGAAAUAUAAUUCUGAAGUUGCAGGAGGAUCAGAGGAGCAAAGAGAAAAAAAAGCAUAAGGACACGACAGAAACAUCUUUAGGCAAAGGAGCAGAAAAGUAUAUCAGUAGCAUCUCAGUUUGACCAUUCUUGAUGCUUGUCAGUAUUGCCUUCAUAAACUGAGUGACUUUCAAGGGUAUAGACAAUAAAGAACUGAAGUGCUCACUAUGCAGUGAUUUGGAAAUGUUAAUGCUUGUAUAAAUGUCAUAUAAUUUCCAAUGGAAUAUGUAUGAAAUAAAAGUCUGUAAAUAUAUCAAUGAGGCCAAUUUUUCCAGCAUUUAUAAUUAUUUUUUUCACUUGUUAGGAAGCUAUUGUUAUGUAUUUUCUGUUAAUAGUACUUAAAACUGCAACUUCUAAACACAAAUAAAUAAAAAGAAACUAUUUAUAGGAGGAGAUGAUUAAGUUGAUAUCCUUUAGUGAGAUUGUAUUAAAUUCUUCAGUGGGUGUGUAUCUGUGAUAAUCUUUUGACCUUUGCAUUUGUUUUAAAGUAACUUGAAAUGUGAAAAUAAGAUUAAAUCAAAGGCAUUUUGAACAUGAAAGACAUCCUCAUAUGUUUGUAUAGCAGGAAAAAGUAACAGCUUUUAAUUCAGACACUCCCUUGUGUUUAGAGAACUUGGCCCCAAAAGUGUAAUAAAUAUUUAUAGUUUUACUCAAACAUUUAAGAAGAAGCAGUAUUUAGAGCACGUCAAAGAAAAAUAACUUUGAAUUAUACUACUAAAUAUUAACUAUACUUUAUCAUACAUUAUUGUCAAGUACAUUUCUGAAGAUGUCAGAGACUCAGGUUAAAACUAUUUUGGUAAGUACAACUUGAAUUUCAAAUAUCUCAUGUUACCUUUCUAUAUUAUAGCUUAAAGUAUCUACGAUCUGUGAUAUAGUUAAUUGAUAAACAUUUUUAACCUGUGAACACAGGAAUUUAAAUAGGAAUUUACUAUUUUUUGUAAUGACUUUUGCUAUUUUAUCAUUGCUCAUUUUGUUCUUGUUAUUUUGAUAAACAGAGUAUCAGACUUUUUGCACCUGAGUUUUUUAGUGUAAAUUAUUUUUACAUGUGAAAGUGCUGUCUUUAAUCAGUUGCAUAAUGCAGAAAAAAUCUCCUAUAUUGAAUUCCCCUUUAAAAAUACUAAGAUGUGAUGGUUUUGAUGACAGAUUUACAACUCAUGUAGGAAUCUUGCAUAUAUCUGCUGAAACUGUUAUUUUCAAAUGAAAUGUUACAGAGUUCUUUCGAAUUAACUUUGAGAUGUGAAAUUAUAUAUUUUAAAGGUCAUUUUUUUGUUAAAUAAUUUAAAAAGCACAUAUAACAAACAUAGUUGAGAAUAAAAGGAAGACCGUUUUUCAUCAGCAAUUACUUUAUUUUUAAUCUGGCCAUUUCUGGCAUUGAAACCAACAUUUUAGGCUACUUACUUGGAUUUAAUAAAGUCCAUGGAUGUGUUUGGGGCGGAUUGUGGGUAUUGUUAACAACAACCAAAAAAUAUGUAUAUAUUUAUAUUUAGACACACUCAUUAAGGGAAACAUUAAAAUGUAAGUUUAAGGAAUAUCACCAUUAGUGGUAUUGAUUAUGGAUUUGUUACUUUGAACUGUCUUAACAUUUUUAUUUAUUAUUACAUUAUUUCUUUUUAAGGAAUACCCUAGAGCUCUUAAUUCAGAUAUGAAAAGAGUUUAAUUUUAUUAUUUACUGAAUAUGGACCAAAAAAUGGAAAUUUUUUAAAACCUGAUAGCAGUAAGCAAAAUUGGCAUAUUUAAUUUUUUUACUGUCCUGUAUUUUGUUAGAAUUUGAAGGUACUGAAAGAACUAUUCUGAAAUGCUUGUUUUUGUUUCAAUUUCUAAUGGUUACAUUUUGCACUCUUAAUUUUUGAAAAUAUAAAAAGAUAACCUGUUCCUUGGGCCAAUUCAGUCGAUCACGUUUUGACA